AGUCCGCCUGUCUUCCUCCCCCUCUUCCCGGCCCGGCCUCCCCUUCCUUYCCCCGCCGGCCCCCUCCCCGCAGGGAUAAUAUGGUCUCCGGCGAUGGACGCCCCAAGUGCAGGAUAUGCCUUUGAGUACCUUAUUGAAACAUUAAAUGACAAUUCAAGUAAGAAGUUCUUCAAUGUACCUAAACUUGGAGGCACCAAGUAUGGGGCCUUUUUAGGCUUGGGCUCUGGCUUUGGAGGAGCAGGUUUGGCAGACAACCUUGCAGAUCUUCUCUGUGGUUCGUCUUUCACCUUGGCUUUAUCUUCUUUAGCAUCCCCUUCAGCCUUUCUCUUGGGCAUGGUGGCGACGGCAGCAGGACGCAGGCGCUGGACACGGGGAUGCAGUGGCGCGCAGCUUUGGUCGGUCCGGGGGUCGUUCUCGCCUCCUCUUCUUCACACUGCUCCCAGGGAAGAUGUUAUGAACAUUUUAGACUGGAAAACCAAACAAAACAUUGUUGAAGUGCCCUUUUUCCCUGCCCGUGUUCUUCUUCAAGAUUUUACUGGAAUACCGGCAAUGGUGGAUUUUGCUGCUAUGAGGGAGGCAGUGAAAACUCUUGGAGGUGAUCCUAAAAAAGUCCAUCCUGCCUGUCCRACAGAUCUCACAGUUGACCAUUCUUUACAAAUUGACUUCAGUAAAUGUGCAAUACAGAAUGCGCCAAAUCCUGGAGGUGGUGACCUACAGAAAAUAGGAAAGCUUUCUCCACUUAAAGUGCAGCCUAAGAAGCUUCCCUGCAGAGGCCAGACUACCUGCCGAGGAUCCUGCGAUUCUGGAGAACUAGGCCGAAACUCAGGAACAUUUUCUUCACAGAUUGAGAAUACACCCAUCCUAUGUCCUUUUCAUUUGCAACCAGUGCCUGAACCUGAAACAGUAUUUAAAAAUCAAGAAGUAGAAUUUGGCAGAAAUCGAGAGAGGCUUCAGUUUUUCAAGUGGAGUUCAAGAGUUUUUAAGAAUGUGGCUGUCAUCCCUCCUGGAACUGGAAUGGCUCAUCAAGUAAACUUAGAAUAUUUGUCGAGAGUGGUAUUUGAAGAAAAGGAUCUGCUUUUCCCAGACAGUGUAGUUGGCACAGAUUCUCAUAUAACCAUGGUGAAUGGUUUGGGGAUUCUUGGGUGGGGAGUUGGAGGCAUUGAAACAGAAGCCGUUAUGCUUGGUUUGCCUGUUUCUCUUACUUUACCCGAGGUGGUUGGAUGUGAGUUAACUGGAUCAUCCAACCCUUUUGUUACAUCCAUAGAUGUUGUUCUUGGCAUUACAAAGGUAAGUUAG